UUAGCACAAAUAUCUCAGUCUUACUGGCAAUGCUUCCGCUUUUCGGUGUUUACAUUUAGCAACCCAACCACGUUUGUUUUGCUUGUCGAUGUCAAAAAUAUAGAAACUAGAAAAUCUAUAACAGACUAGAUCUAGACUAUAAUCUAUAUUAACAAAAAAAAAAAAAUGAAGGCAAAAAUGCAAAAAUUUUCUUUUGAAAAAAAGAAAACAAAAACAUCUUUGACAAAAAAAAGUAAAGAUUUCAAAAAAAUUCAAGAAAAGAGGAAAAAGAAAAAGAAGAAUCAUGAUGACGAGGAAAUCGAAGCAUUGAAUUUGCAACUUUGGCCCCCUUUGGGGCAACCUAAAGAUAAUACACCACCAAAAGAAAUUAAACUUUUUAGUGAUCUACCAAUUUCAAAGAAAACUUUAGAAGGGUUGAAAACACACAACUUUAUAACCCCAACAGACAUUCAGAGAGAAUCUUUACUCUAUGGUCUUAAAGGCCAUGACAUAUUGGGAGCUGCUAAAACGGGUUCUGGAAAAACUUUAGCAUUUCUUAUUCCGAUUCUAGAAACUCUGUUCAAGCAGCGGUAUACCCCAAGCUUUGGAAUGGCAGCAUUGAUCAUUUCACCAACUAGAGAAUUAGCAUAUCAGUCAUUUGAUGUCCUGAAAAAAAUAGGCAAAUUUCAUGAUCUUUCUUUUGGUUUAGUCACUGGAGGAAUGCUUUUGAAAGAAGAAGCCAAGAGAAUGAAUAGCACCAAUAUUGUCAUUUGUACUCCAGGACGUUUGCUUCAACAUUUUGAACAGACUCCAAAUUUUACAGCUGAUGACUUAAAAAUUCUUGUUCUUGAUGAAGCAGACAAAAUUCUCCACUUGGGCUUUGCAGACACAAUGAAUGCAAUUAUUGAAGCUUUACCUAAACAAAGACAGACAAUUUUAUUUUCAGCCACUCAAACUAGGUCAGUGAAAGAUCUAGCACGACUAAGCUUAAAGAAACCCAUUUAUGUGUCUGUACAUGAAAAAGCCAAAGAAACAACACCAACAAGUUUAGAACAGCGCUAUAUAGUUUGUAAAAUGCAAGAUAAAGUCAAUACUUUGUGGUCUUUUAUAAAAAGUCAUAAACACAAAAAAAUUCUGGUCUUUCUGUCCUGCUGUAAACAGACAAGGUAUCUUUACCAAGUGUUUAAAAAGAUGCAUCCAGGUUUAACCAUAUUAUGCAUGCAUGGUCAUAUGAAGCAGCACCAGAGAAUGGAAGUUUAUGACAGUUUUUCACGUAAACAACAUGCUGUUUUGCUGGCUACUGAUGUGGCUGCCCGUGGUCUAGACUUUCCUGCAGUUAAUUGGGUAGUUCAGGUUGAUAAACCCGAAAAUGUGGAGACAUAUAUCCACAGAGUGGGAAGAACUGCCAGGUAUGAGAAAUCAGGAGAGGCUCUGCUUUUAUUAUUGCCUGCAGAAGAAAAAAAAAUGGUCGAAGAUUUAAUUAAAAGAAAAAUUCCUAUCGUGAAAUUGAAAGUCAAUCGCAAGCAACUAUUUGAUGUUACCAAAAAGUUAGAGAGUCUGUGUGCUUCAAAUAAAGAUCUGAAAGAUAAUGCUCAGCGAGCUUUCAUUUCAAGCAUGAAAACACUUUAUGUCCUUGAUAAACCAAGUUUUCACUCAGUAGACUUAGAUGCUUAUGCUGUUUCAUUAGGUUUGGUUCAAGCUCCAACACUCCCUUUUAUAGGCAAACUUAAAAGCAAGGUGAAAGGUCAAGGGGAAAAAGAAAGAAAUGUUACUGAUGGUUCUCAAAAUUCUGAAUUUGAAAAGAGUGAAAAUAUUGAGAGAACUAUUGCUCUUGAUUUUGGCAUGAAUGAAGAUGAUGACAAUGACAACAUUUAUAACAUAGUGAAAGAUGUACAGGAAGAUGAAUUCAGUUCUGAGAAAAUGGAACAGGGUUUGGUGCCAGAUGAACCUUCUAAAAAGAAAAAAUCAUCAGCAAAGAGUAAAUUAAAACUGCUAAAAUAUACAACAAGAAUAACAUUUGAUGAAGAUGGUAAUCCAGAAGGUGAAGAUAAAGAUGAAGAUGUUGGUGGUCUUAAUAUAGACGAGGCUAAAGAAAGAAUGAAACAGCAAGACAUGUUGGAUAAAGAAUUACACAGACAGAAUGUCAAGGAAAAACAUCGGGAAAAACGACUUAAGCUUAAAGAAAAAAGACGCUUGUUGGAAAUGGAGAAACGUGGACAGUCAGUAACAGAAAAUGAUGAAACUCAUGAUACUUAUGAGGAAACCUAUGCCUCUACUGAUUCCAAUAGUGAAUCGUCAGAUGAUGAGCCCAAGCCCAAAAAAGUCAGAUUAGAAGAUAAAGAAGACACAUUACAAGAAAUGACUUCAGAAGAGAGUGAUGACAGUGAAAAUACAACAGAUAAUGAUGAUGAAGGUGAAGAUAUUGGUGAUGAUGGUGAAGACAUAACCAAGAUAGAUGAACCUGAUGAUGACAUUCACAAAACUGAAGCUGCAGUUUUGGCUCUAUUAGGAACAAAUCCUUAGAAAUAGUGUAAGAGUUGUGUUUCAAAGUCAUUUUUCGUUUUAUUGAAACUGUAUGAUGAAGAGGGAAAUGUUCAAAUGUGUAAAUAAAACUGAAAGAAUGUCAGCAAACUUGUUGCUGUCAAAGAAAAGCU